AUGGUAGUUAAGUCGUAUGGAGGCAGCAGAAAAAGAAGCAAUUGCGCAACUAUAGGCCUUGUUGCGCUUCUAGGGUAUCUUUCAUCUGUGGCUGAGCUUUGGCGAAAGAACGGAAUUGCACACUUUUUUUGGAUGGUUGUAAAAAAGCCUAUUGAUCUAAUUGACAUCCACUACGGGUUUCUAUUUUUUACGGGAGUGCUGACGUAUCUCCACUACAUGCUCAUCAGAAGCUGGACUAAGAAUAGGAUAAACAGGAUAGGGAUGCUCUUGUCUCUUUUCAUGAUCACGGGCGGAAUGAACUGUCUGCACAAAGUUGUUCAUGGCGGUGCAGCAGAUCACCGGCACAUGGCAGGAACUGUUUUUGUGCAAAGCGUUGUAGUCACUGCGUUCCUUUUCAAGGACAUACUGAGCACAGACCUAAGCUACAGCUCAAAAGGAGUUGCAAGGUAUCUUGCAGAAAAGAUGCCCAUCAACAACAUAAUGGCUAUAUUUUUUUUGUCGUUGGUGUCUGCAUGGAUUCUCACUUUCUUCCUCUCUUCGUAUCUGAAAAUUGUGGAGAUCACGAUAAGAAACACUCUGGACAGCAUUUCAGUGUACAUACUCCUAUACCUGACGCACUACACAUACAUAUACAACCUCAAUCAUUUCAGCUACGGAAUUUCCAUCUUGUCAGAAGAGAACAAAACACACAGCAUAGAAAACUACAUUGUUCUGACGAACUACGACGACAAACAAAUUACAGAGAAAAAUAUAAAAGAAAAAAACAACGAAAUAUUGUAUGCAUACGCUCUAGAUCUGUUCGCGGACAUAGAAAAUACGAUCUGUGCUAUUUCUAAGCAGCAGAAGAUCAAGAACAUCUUUACCUCAUCAAAGACCGUGCGAAAUAUUCCGAAAAUGCUUCUCUCAGAAAAAAAAGGAGCAUUGCCUAUUUUGAAAGACGACAUUGCAGCGGGUCUGGCGUACAAACUGUACUUUUACAUCUUCAGCACAACUUUAUACAAAAGAGCCCUGCACGAUGCAAAGAAGUCGCAGAAGAUAAUCAGUAGAUUGCAGCGCACUAUUUGGCAGAUGGAUUCUAGCUGCAGAAAGAAAAUCAUGCAGGGCAUCGAAAAUGUACGAAAAGAGCUCAGAGAGAUAAUUACAUUUGAGACAGAAGAGCUUUUCAAUAUUCUCGGCAUCUGGUCCUUCCACUUCACCACAUAA